AUGUCACUUAAUCAGGAUAGACAUCAGGAUAGACAUCAAGAUAAUCAUCAAGAUAAUCAUCAAGAUAUGUCGAUUGAAAACCGUCUCUACAAUCUAUUCGAGACGGAUAUCCUUCAAUGCGUUAACGAGUCUAAGCUCAACUAUGAGUCCGAGUUGGUCAAUCACUACACUCAGAAACUCAAGCUUAGCACUCUUAACUGGUGGUACCAAAAAGACUUGGUACCAAAGAGAUACCAAUUUAGAAAUCAAAUUGACUCGAAUGACGAAGCCUUAACUAAAAGGCUUGAACUCGAGCGGUUAUCUCACAUAAUCAACGAUUUGAAUACAAAUAUCAAAACUGUUGAUCAAAUCACUGACGAACUGCAAGCUAACGCCAAAUCCAGACUCAUGAAUGUCAUGGAAUCUUGUAUUGAGACUAUGCAGUACGAUCCAAGUCAACGAAAUUUCGAAACCUUGGAAAGAGUGAAAACCCUUUUCAAGAUAAAACUCGAUGAGCUUUUAUCGGAACUUACUAACGAGUUCUACUUUAUCCAAAUAAAGCAGGCCCGUCUUUGUAAGAAUAAGACCGAGAAAGCAAUCAAGAAACUUGAAAAGUUUGAGGAAGCACAAUUUCACGAUGCUAUUAUGACUACUGAGCAAAGUAGUGAUCAUCAUACUCCCACGUCUUUAUGUUGCCAUCACUGUGUUCUGAAUAAACAAGAAUACGUUAGAAACAACAGACCUAGUACGAGGAAUGUCAAAAAAUCCAAUGGAAAUAACAAGACAAACCGUACAAGGAAGGAUAACCCACGGUCAAAACCUCCCAGGUCCAGCAAUCCAAGACCACAUCAAAGGGAGACCUCAACAAGGACUAGCCAAAAAAACUGGCUGAACUCUCUUGCAAAUAUGCAACGGAAUCAAUCCAAAGCAAACGUAAGAGAGUCCAACAGAGGAAAAAAGCAGAAAAGAAAGGGCCAAAGAAUGCCGAUGAAAAAAUUUUCCUCAAGACAAUAA